ACGGAUCUACUGAUUCUGCUCUCCCGUCAUCGCCCAGAGUUUCCGGCAGCGCGCUUGAUGUUCAAGCUCUGAUCUGUGAAGCUCUCCAUGCGCGCGUCCUCGCGGAGACGGAGUCUGGACGGACUGUGAUGUGGACGCUGCUGAUCAGACUGGAUCUGCUCUCAUGAGCCGCUGGUGUCUUCUGCUGUGGAAUUCUGUUUUCGCUUUGAAAACUGCUGCUUGGACAAAUGCAUACAAAUGCAUUUAGGAGCCCAACGGACAAGGAGUGGACAAGUUUCUCCCACAACGAUAACGAGAUUCCUCGUCCUCCUCCUGUCAACAUGUGUGGUGCUGCUGUCAGCGGAAGAGCGAUCAGCAGCUCCAGGUGUAGACCUUAUUCAUCAGCUGGGCCUUUCAGGUCGCAGAGACAUACACUCUUCCGGGACACCUUACUUCACCUCCCUUGCUUCAUCUCUGUCCAUCCUGCCCCCUGGUUUUGGGGUUAUCCUCGGACAGGAUGCCCUUAUUGAGGCCCCAUCGGUGGACCUGCUCCCCGCAGGCGUGGAGGAGGAGUUUUCCAUCAUAGUGAGUUUAAGCUCCUGGCGAGCGAACAAUGCCUUUAUUUUUAGUGUGCGUGACGGCAGGGACCGACUACAGUUCGGCUUGCAGCUCCUGCCUGGAAGGGUAGUGGUUUACACGGGAGAGAAAGCGUCAAUCUACUUCAAGUACGAUGUUCAAGAUGGACAGUGGCACUCCUUCUCUGUGGGGGUCCGGCCACGCUCCGUAUCUUUCUAUGCACGCUGCGGGGCUGUGCAUUACGGAGAGGAAACGCUGACCCGUCCGCAGAUGUUGAGCUCUGAAGGCCGCCUCUCCGUGGGAAGGAUGGACUCCAGGACGGUGCAGUUUGAAGGAGCAUUAUGCCAGCUGGAUAUUUACCCCUCCACCCAAGCUGCGGCGCACUACUGCAACUAUGUUAGAAAACAGUGCAGGCUCUCUGACACCUUCCGAUCUCUGUCAGGGAGCUCAGAGUCCCCAUUUCCAUCAGUUUCACCUUCCACAAAGUUCCACCGCAGCUCUCCGGAGUCACACUCUAAGAGAUUUAUCCCAACUCUUGCUGAUCACUCCACUACGGCCACCAACUCUAUUCCCACAGCACUUUUUCACCAGUUUCCAACCACAAGCUCUCCAAGACCAUUCAGCAAGGUACAAUCCCUGGACUUCACUCCAGAGACUUCCACGAGCAACCCCACAACAGACAAGAACCUUGACGGUGAAAAUGUCACUGAGAAUCAGCCACUUCUCAAGAAGCCCAGAGCAACUCGGGCCACCCCGGACUUGAUCACCAUUGUCAAGCAGAGCCGUUUGAAAGAGGCCUUAAGGAAUGACGAUAGAUCCCACCAAUCCAACAAAGAGCUUCUGCAGACCAAUAUUAAAGUGAACAACACCAUCCUGUACCGUGAAGAGAGCAGCUACAACCUGGUGGACCAAUCUAAGGAGCAGGUCCAGGAGGGGGUGCGUGAUGCAGGAUACUCGGAGGGUUACGGAUACGACUAUGGCUUUGAAGAAGAUGAAUAUUUCUUUGACUAUGAUGGAUUUGUUGGUCCUAAAGGAGAACCAGGUCCUCCAGGUCCCAUCGGCCCCCCAGGUCUCCCCGGACCCCCUGGACAGAGAGGACCGCGGGGUCCUCCUGGUCCUCACGGGAGUCCCGGGCCACCUGGUUUACCUGGUCCAAAGGGUGCAAAAGGUGAUCCUGGACUGUCCCCGGGUCAAGCGCUGAUGGGUGAUAAGGGUGAAAGAGGAAGGCCGGGUCCACAGGGUCCUAGAGGUGAACCAGGUCUAAAGGGUCCCAAAGGCUAUCCUGGACCAGCAGGUCUGCCCGGAGAACAGGGUUUGCCAGGAUUGCCGGGCAUAUCUGGGGCAGCAGGUUACCCUGGCAGGCAGGGUUUGGCAGGACCAGAGGGAAACCCUGGACCUAAAGGUGUCAAUGGCUUUAUCGGACCUCCAGGAGUUGCAGGACCGCCAGGACUGGAGGGAGAGCGAGCCUGAACAUUGUGUUCAAAUUCUCAAAUUCCCAAAUGAAUGACAUGAGCUGGAAAACACACAAGACAACAGCGUCGAGAUGGAUGACGCCCCCCGGCUCAGUGUGAUCGAUGUGUGUCAGAUCGGAUCGUUUGGUAACCGCCAUCGUCUCGAUGUGUUCCAGGGAAUUCCGGGUCCUGAGGGAAUCAAGGGUGCCAAAGGAAGACAGGUAAACGCUCCCUCAUUCAUAAGCUGUCAUCAGGGGCUAUUAUGCAAAUGAGUGAUGCAUAUUAAAACAGAUGAAGUUACUUGUGGGUAAAGAAAAGUCAGGAAAAUGAACAAAGAAUCUGUUCUUGUCAUCUGCCGUCCAGCUGUAAAGCUGACAGCACUGUCUUGGUGGAAGAUGUUAUGCAUUAGUACAGAAACAUUGCUUUACUUCUUAAAGGGGUCAUGAGAGUCAUUCUGAAUGAUG